UUAUGCGGAAAUUUUGCUUGUCUGAAGUUGGUAACGGAGUUGUCUUCCAGGGGAAUCGCACGGUCGCGCGGUUCCCGGGCGUGUCUGCUGGCAGGGGUGGCACGGAGUUGGCAGUACGAGAAAGGAGGCGUUUCCUUCCCCGGACAAUUCCCUUGGGUAUACCGCUCAGAUUGGUUAGAACCGACGAAGGCGUUUUCAAACUGCGUUAACAACCAAUCUGCGUGCACCACCCCACCAAGCUCUAUGAAUUUUUCCAAUUUUUCGUGCACGCGGCUGAGAUGCUCGCGCAGCCGUUCGCGGCGGCACUCCGCUCUCGGCGAGACAAGCCCCAGUGUGUUUUUACUCGGGGCUGAGUAAACGAGCGGCUGUUGUGUAUCAUAAUACCGCGAGACGGGUUAGUACCGUGGACCGGGCCUCGCGUUGCACCAGUAUCUACGGCUAAGUCACGAAGCCGCUAUCAGCGCGUGAAACCCUGGCACUGGCCUUCUCUCUCUCGGUCCGCCUAAGACAACAUCGCUAAAAAAUCCGGUGGCGGCAUCCAAAGAGACCGAAGGGGCUGAUGACAAGAGGGUGUGUACGGUGGUGUCUCGUGAUUGCCUGAGAGAGAACGAGGGAUAUAUAUACAUUGUUAGAUACGUUGAAGAGAUACAAGAAUAUCAAAUAUAUAGGCAUAUUAUUACAUAUAGAAAGCAAAAGAGAUUACCUGAGCGCGUGCGUGUUAUUGCGUGGAACGAGAGAAAUUCAUCAGGAGAGAGAAAGAGAGAGAAAGAGUGAGGCAGAGUGUCUCUCAUCUCUUUUAUCAUCUGUGCGCGUGUGUAUCUGUGGCAUCAACGUCAUCGGUAGACGUUAUUGUUUAGUGUGAUAACAGGUAUCGCUAUUUGUUACUAAACAUCCUGGUUCAUCCAUCUCAUAUAUUGUACCACGAUUGGAAGACUAUAAAGCGAUACUGUCAGGUUCAUGCUGAUUUAUUCCUGUUGGGUGUAUUCAUCAUCUGCGACAUCUUGGUGGAUCAGAUAUCAGAAUAUUGGAGCGUUACCAAACGGCAGCCAACGAUAUACCAGUUGGGGUAAUGCCAAAGUGACCACUGGAGCAAUCGUCCGAGACCGAAUCAUCAAACUCUCGUCUAGAAGAGCACGAGGAUGCACACUCUCUUCAGCGAGCAGAACGCGUACUACCGUCACGCGACGGGAGUACCCGUAGGUAUGGGAACCCCCUCGUAUCCAGGAGUGACUGGUGCUCCAGGUUAUUAUGAACAGUAUCGUUACGGGACUUAUGCUACUGCUGGAUAUCCCGUAGCUGGUAUAGCACAGCAGCAUAUACACCAUCCUGGAAAGGAUAUGGUAAAACCGCCAUAUUCGUACAUCGCUUUGAUAGCCAUGGCUAUACAAAAUGCACCAGAUAAGAAAAUCACUCUUAAUGGUAUCUAUCAGUUCAUCAUGGAACGGUUUCCUUAUUACCGUGAGAACAAGCAAGGCUGGCAGAACUCCAUCAGACAUAAUCUGAGCCUCAAUGAGUGUUUCGUCAAAGUACCUAGAGAUGAUAAAAAACCUGGUAAGGGAAGUUACUGGUCCCUGGAUCCGGAUAGUUACAACAUGUUUGACAAUGGUUCUUACCUGCGGAGGAGACGACGCUUCAAGAAGAAGGAUGCUUUAAAAGAAAAAGAGGAAGCCCUAAAGCGUCAGGGUCUGUCGAAUGAGAAGCGUCCUGAUGACGCUAAGGCGACGGUCCUGCAAGCGACGGACGCCUCGAAGAAGCUCGUCGGUGGUUUGGAGUGCAAACCCAAGAGAGAACCCAGCAGCGAUCCCAACACGACGCACUGCAUGGCAGCAGCCGUCGGGAAGUAUUCCCACAGUCCUAUACAAGAAGGGAAGACGAGUGUAAUUCAAAGCGCCUUGGGACAUCAGAGUCAUCCUAAUCACCAGGUACAUCAGACUCAUCAGGUGCACCAGGAUGUAGCAAUGAGUGACGUAGGCAUGACUCUCGAUCCGAGUACCUUCAGCGUGGACGCACUGAUGACAUCGAGGGAGAAUGGUUCCCUGAUGACGUCGCGAGAUCCUCACUCUCAUCCUCAUCCUCAUCCGCACGCGAUCCAGCAUCCUCAUCCACAUUCUCAUGCGCACUCCCACACUCUCAUGAGUACGAGCAGAGAUGUCAUGAGUACGGGAACCAGGGAUCUAUCCUCAUCCUCGACGACGACUACCACGACGACCUCAGCCGCGGCUGCGGCCGCCGCAGCCGCUGCAGCCAUGAUGGCUUCCGGCUAUGGACAUGGGACUCCAUCCAGGUCUAACUCGUCACCUCCUGGUAGCAUGUAUACACCGUAUUGUCCAUCCGCUGCCGCUGCCGCUGCUGCUGGAUACAUAAUGGACCCUGCGGAAUACAAUACGAAUACAAACGCCAGAAAUCAUAACGCGGGACACGCGCAAUGGUACCAGGAAGCCUCCAGUCCAGACACCGCAGCAAUUUACCAAGAGACCCAAUCACCCAGCUGUCAACUGUACAGAUCAAGCCCACCGACGCCAUUAUCAUCGGGAGCGGCACCAUCGCCACCUCUGUAUCAUAGAUAUUAUCAAGACUGCAACGCUGUGAACACCAGUGGCAAUCUACCAAUCACGCUGCAUAAGUACUGAGAGUACGGAUCUUCAAGAUCGCACGAUCUUGAUGAAAAUACGGAUUAUGGUGAUGGAUCUUCGGUAUACGUGAAGCAGGAGUGGACAACUGGCACGGAUGAUCUUCCGAAGGAUUGGCACUAGGCGUGAGCUCAGGAAGAUCUGUGAACACAGAAUAGGGUGUUUGUGAUGAACGUGUAAAAAAAUUAUAUAAAACGGUUGGGAAAUAUGGCGAAAAAGGAUUAUGAAAGAUAACAAAUUAUGGAUAUUCUCAAGUUCAUGCAGUCUGCCGAAUCCCAGUGAUAUAUCGAGUGUUUGAUGUGUCGGGUGUCCUUCGUUUCUCAAACACUCCUCCUCCGCCACCCUUCGUCAGCAUUGUUAAAGAACGCAGCUAAGACAAAAGGACUUAAUUGAAUCGGAGCAGGCACGCGUGUUCCGCCUAAUUGGAUCGACUAGGUAAACACUCGCUAAUGAAAAAUAAGUAUCGAACGCGUGAGUUGUUAUCACCUGGCUAAACAAACUGACUGACCUGGGCCAAUUGACUCAAUUUCGCGCAGCACCCACGUCUCUCACGUUAUUUCUUCUUCGUCUCUUUGCAUUCCAACAUUUAUUAGUCUUGCAUCUUUUAUACACUUGGACGAUAUCUUUGUUACGAAUUCUAUUUAUAAUUUCACUGUAUUUUUUCAAUUAUUCUUUUUUUUCUGUAUUCACGUAAGUCACAGGCCAUGCAAUUUCUUAUCACUUUAACGAUUUCUCUUAUUAUCAGAUCUUUUUUAUGUCCCUCAUUCGUUUUCUGUGUGCAUCGGUUGCAACUGUGCAAACCGACGGUGCGAUGCAUGCCGACGCUCGAAAACAACCGGCGCGUUUCUAUUUGCUGAACGUCUGUCGCGAGUACGUCAGCAUCGCCGAUGAAAUUGACGGUAAUGACGAUUGAGUCGUGGACGAUAAUAAUGCAAAAAAGAAAGAAGAAGAAAAACAGGUGGGUGAGGUCGAGGGUCACUCAAAAAUAUAUGACGAAGGAAGAGGAGGAGUACGUGAGAAGGAAACCGCGUAAUCGCGUAAAACUAAUCGCUUUAAUUACUGCUAAGACUAAUGACUCGCGCGUGAUUGGUAGGUGAUAGACGACCAAGUGUAAGGGUCGAAACCGAUACGUGACGCAGUAGCUCCUUGUACGCGACAGUCUAACGCAAAUGACAAUCCUCAAGGUGAUCUUCAUGGAUGCUGCAUGCGUUAGGUGGUCGUCGUCGUGGUUCGGUGCAUUUAUCAUAAGGUCAUUCCUGUACUCGAGGUUUGAGUGCCCGGCGUAUCGGUAUCCUGAUCGCCACAUGGGCUGAGAUAUAUAUAUUUAUUAAUAGUAAAUAUGUGAAUACAGUUAAUAGCUAGAAACACUCGUGUAAUAGGUAGAUAUUAUUGCGUGUAUAUUAUCAAGAGUAUAGAGUAUAUAGAGAUACAAUCUAUAUAUAUAGAAAUAAAUAUAUCAUGUAUAUCUCGCCAAUCGUGGGAUACCGAUCGUAUUGAUAUUAUAGGAUACGUCGUAAAAAUGCGAUAAGAUAUC